GUUGCUAUGUCUCUAUAGAAACCUGUAUAGUUAGGCUAGUGAUUUUUGGUGACAAGUCGGACAAGUCGUAUCGGUUAAAAGUUUGGAUUGUACACAUUAAGAAAACAAAAAAUGAGCCAGCGACAGGUGCUUCAAGUUUUUGAGCAGUACCAGAAAGCUCGGACCCAGUUUGUGCAGACUGUGGCAGAAUUAGCUUCCAGACCACAGAACAUUGAGACCCUCCAAAAUGCAGGAGUUAUGUCCUUGUUGCGUCCACUGUUGCUUGAUAUUGUACCAACAAUUCAGCAGACAGCCGCCCUUGCUCUUGGUCGCCUAGCAAACUACAAUGAUGAUCUUGCAGAGGCUGUUGUAAAGGGAGACAUCCUACCACAGCUUGUCUAUUCUCUUGCUGAACAGAAUAGAUUUUACAAGAAAGCUGCUGCUUUUGUUCUGCGUGCUGUAGCCAAGCACUCUCCACAGCUUGCUCAGUCCGUGGUUGACUGUGGAGCCUUAGAUGCCCUUGUCAUUUGCCUUGAGGAGUUUGAUCCUGGUGUCAAGGAGGCUGCAGCCUGGGCACUUGGUUACAUAGCCAGACACAAUGCUGAAUUGGCCCAAGCUGUAGUUGAUGCAGGAGCAGUACCAUUGCUUGUAUUGUGUAUACAGGAACCAGAACUGUCCCUGAAACGUAUCGCUGCCUCAGCUCUCAGUGAUAUCAGCAAACAUUCUCCAGAACUUGCGCAGACUGUUGUAGAUGCUGGUGCUAUUGCCCAUCUUGCACAGAUGAUAUUGAACCCCGAUGCUAAACUCAAGCGCCAGGUAUUCUCAGCCCUGAGCCAGAUCUCUAAGCACUCUGUUGACCUUGCCGAGAUGGUGGUGGAGGCAGAAAUAUUCCCUGCAGUCCUCACUUGUCUCAAGGAUCCCGAUGAGUAUGUGAAGAAAAAUGUUGCUACAUUGAUCAGAGAGAUUGCCAAACAUACACCAGAGUUGUCUCAGCUGAUUGUGAACGCAGGAGGUGUGGCUGCAGUGGUGGACUACGUUGGAGAGUCUAAGGGCAAUGUAAGGUUACCAGGAAUAAUGAUGUUAGGUUAUGUGGCUGCACACAGUGAGAAUCUCGCAAUGGCAGUCAUUGUGUCAAAGGGAGUUGUACAGCUAGCUAUAGCACUAUCAGAAGAACCUGAGGACCAUAUACAGGCUGCUGCAGCGUGGGCGCUUGGUCAGAUAGGACGACAUACACCAGAGCAUGCCAAGGCUGUAGCUGUGGCUAAUGUAUUACCAAAAUUACUGCAAUGUUACCUCAGAGCUGACGCCUCAGAAGAUCUUCAGACAAAGAGUAAGAAAGCCCUCAAAAACAUUCUACAGAAAUGUGUCCACCUGCCAGCCCUUGAACCUCUCCUACAUGACGCUCCACCAAAUAUACUCAAACACGUUGUCGGCCAAUUCAGCAAAGUCCUGCCACACGACUCCAAAGCCCGCAGAUUAUUCGUUACGAGUGCCGGUUUGAAAAAGAUUCAAGAAAUUAAAGCAGAACCAGGAUCAGCACUAGCCGAAUAUAUCAACACAAUAAAUAACUGUUAUCCAGAAGAAAUUGUCAAAUACUAUUCCCCAGGCUACUCCGAUGCUUUGUUAGAGAGAGUAGAACAGUACAACCCAAGAGCCUAAGUCAAGUUAACGCACCAAUCUCAUCAUACAUUCAUUCUUGCAUUUACAUUAUAUAUCAUUGACAUUGUUAUUGAGACAUUUUCGAUAUUCUUAAAAAUGUAAGAAAAGUAAAUUUUUAUAUUGGGCAAACAU